UUAUAAAGAACAGUGUCUAAAUUCUGACAGAAUUAAAUUAGUUUAGUUGUACUGUUACUGAGUCUGAGAUCUUUUGUUGUUUUUUUCUACCUGAUAUUCAAUCUUCAAAGUGAUCAAGGGCAUAACAGGUGGAAUAUAAUGAAGCUUCAAAGCGUUAAUGCAUUUCUUCUCAUGUUCGCUGGAACCGUAGUAAUUGGACUCUUUUAUUUGGGCGUCACCUCCCCCUCAGUAAGACAUAUAGAGCAAAGACUCUGCCUAAAUUUAACAAAACAGAGCCCAGAAAAUGCUCUCUUGCAGUCGCCACAAGGGCUUUCAUAUAAACAGCCCAGUGUAUUGAGCCCAGAUGGUAAAGUUGGUCCACUGGCACCAUGGUUAGCUCCAAUUGUAUCGGAAGGAACUUUUGAUCCCACACUGAUUGAUGCGAUCUACAAACAACAGAACAUUACUGUAGCAACUACCAUCUUUGCUCUUGGAAAAUACACCGUUUUCCUAAAAGAUUUCCUGGAGUCUGCAGAGCAAAAUUUCUUUGUUGGGUUUCGUGUGCACUAUUAUAUCUUCACUGAUCAUCCAGAACAGGUUCCUGAUGUGAAACUGGGUGAAGAACAUAAACUGACGGUGAUGACAGUCAAUAGUUCGAGCAGAUGGCAGGAGAUGAGUUUGGGCAGGAUGAAAAGGCUGGAGUUGCUGAUUGAGAGUGGACUGGUCAAUGAUGCAGACUAUCUUUUCAGCCUUGAUGUGGAUACAAAGUUCUACGGCCGCUGGGGAGCAGAGACUUUGGGUAAUCUUAUAGGUGUGAUACAUGCAUGGUAUUAUUAUACACCUCGUGAGCAAUUCCCAUAUGAGCGAAGGCCUGAAUCUCAAGCAUUUAUCCCUUAUUCUGAGGGUGAUUAUUAUUAUGGUGGGGCUGUGCUCGGUGGUUCAGUGAAAUGCGUAUAUCAGCUCGCUAAAACCUGUCGAGAGCAGCUGGACAUUGAUGCAGCUAAAUCCGUUGAGGCAGCAUGGCAGGAGGAGUCCCAUUUGAACAAGUACUUCCUUUAUAACAAACCCAGUAAACUGCUUUCACCCGAAUAUUCUUGGGAUGAUAAAAAGCCUAAACCUGACCAGAUCAAAAUCAUUCGCUACUCUCAUAUUCCUAAAAACUAUGCUGAAGUUCGUCCAAACAAAUAGAAGCUGUUGACUGUAUGGAGAUGCAAUAAUGGGGUGUGCAGAGCAAAGGGGAGCCAUUGUGCCAAAACAAAUUUGGAAAAUCUUCUUUAUUAAGUUGUUCCAAAUAAUAAUAAGGAAAAUAGUUCAAAAAUACUAUUUAGCAUGAGUACACACAUGUAUUUUAUUAAAUUAAGUUAUAUUAACCUACCCCUACAUCCUUAUAGUUAGACAGUCACUUGUUCAAACUGGAGAGAAGUGCAGUGAAGCAAAAAAGAAAACUUGAGAAUAUUUUUAUACUUCAAUUUUUUUUUGUUGAUCAACAGCCAAGAACAAAGAACACACUUCACACUACACAAACAUAUGUUACAUGUUACAUAUUCAGCCACCUGUCACACCAAGAAAAUUCAAGGUAUAGCAAACAUAUAUGGAAAUUAAGGUUGUGGGACCUUUGAAUGUACAUACUCAUUUAUCCAAAUUUUAGAUGUUGCCAGAGAUUAUCCCAUUUUCUAUGUACCUCUCCCUCAUUGUUCAAUCUCCCCAGCAUACACUCAUAUGAUGCAAUUUCAAUCAAAAAAAAAAAAAAGAUUAAAAAUUGUGUCAAUAUGAGAACAGCAAUGUACAAGUGGAUGAAGAGGAUGACAGUCACACAAUCCAUAAUGAAAACCUUUUUGUUUUUUACAUUUAUUAAAAUAAAUGAUCAAAUAUGUACAUUUGAGGCUAAAAAGUUUAUAUACACCCUCCCCCAGUCCAACAUGAGUUAUAGGAGAACUGGAUAACUAAAUUGGCCUUUGUGUGUGAAUGGGAGAGUGUGUGGGUAUUUUCCAGCACUAACGGUUGUACUCUGUGCUGAGUUGUGGCAGAAAGGGCAUCUGCUGGUAUAACAUAUGCCAGAGAAUUUGGCAACUCCUGAUAAAGCUGAAACUAAGCCAAAGUAAAAUGAUUGAGUGAGUUUACAUACUACCAGGGGUGCUCAAACUUGGUACUGGAGGGCCAGUGUCCUGCAGAGUUUAGCUCCAACGUGCCUCAACAGACCUACCUGGAAGCGUCUAGUAUGGCUAGUAAGAGCUUGAUUAGUUAGUUCAGGUGUAUUUAAUUAGGGUUGGGGCUAAACCUUUCUGGAGUUUGGGCACCACUGCAAUAUACCUUGCAGAAUCUGCAAAAUGUUAAUAAUCUAACCAAAACAAGAGGGUUCAUACAAAAUGGAUGUUGUUUUUAAAAUUAAUGCUGUCCCUUAUAAGAUAUUUAACAUACACAAGAUUUUCAUGUAGUUCACAAAAGAAAAUUGUUGAAUUAAUAAGAAUGACCCUAAACAAAAUUUUACAUUUGAUUCGUAAAAGUGUUGUUACAAUACCUGAAUGAUCCACAUUUGUUUUUGUUUUGUUUUUUUGUUCUGUUUCUGAACACAUCCCAUAGUAUUAAUUAAAGUGAUGUGAACAAAAAUGUAUUAUUUACAGUGGACAUUUUACCAGGUCAAGACAACCAAAAUUUAAUGAACAACUUUCUCAGACAAAGAUGGCAUCAUGAAAUGCAGAAAGUCACCUAUAUAUAAGUAUACAUACUUAAGGUUUCUUGUCACUCAAUUGAGACUAUGUCUACUUUAAACAUCAGGAUAAUAAUAAGGAUAAUACUAAAAAUACAUUACAUGUAUACAGCGUAUUUCUAAGCAUUUAAAUCGCUUUAUACUUGAGGGUGAACUUCCUAAACCACAACCAGUGUGCAGCAUCCACUUUAAAAAUCUAACAUUACUUAACAGUAGCCUACCAUUGAAGGCUUUGCAAUUCCAAUGUCAUUAUUCAUCAAUAUUUUAGGUGUACAGAUGGCUUGCUGCUGUACUGUGUUGAAUAGUUUAAUGUUGGAAUAAAAGCUGUUUGUUGUUGUUGUUGUAAUAGCUUCAACUAUAGUCUUUUAAAAAUUCUUUAGAAGCACUACAGUCAAGUCUAGUUGAUUAUAUUGCUUUUUGAAAUACAAUCCAAAGUAAUUUAAAAGGUUAACUUGUUUGCAGUAAAUGCAUUGUCUACUGGUUUAUUUAACUUACCUAUGUCACUUAGUACUGCAAGACUUUGAAGACUUGCUAUAUCAGCAAAUUAGCAGUUUUCUUGAGAGACUUAAAAUCGGACUAGAGAAAUGCAUAUUUUGAAUGUUAUAUGUUUUUGUAGUUUUCAUAGUGUUUGCUGAACGAGAAAAGAGACAAAUUACAUGACCUCUGUAUGAAGAGUGGUAUUGUUUCAAUAGACCAGGGGUGCAUUUCCCACACUAUGACCCCAAAACUUUCCCAGCAAUUUUUCACCACAGCAUGAAUUAAAUAAUCAAAAUGUAUUUUUAAAUUGUAUUGGCUUUCAAAGAAAAAUAUCAUAUAUAGAAAACUCAUUUCAAUAGUCUAAAAUAUCCAGCAGACAAUAGAUCAGCAAAACAGCGCAUGGCCCAACUUUAAGUAAAUCUGUAAAAUAAAAAUAUUUUAUUUAUGUAAUUUAAAAUUUAGCUAAUUGCUCUUCUGUAAGUCAUGGGAAUUUUGUUUGCUUUUCUCAAGUAACAUUUAAGUAACAUUUUGUGACAUUUAAACUCUGUUUAGCUAACAUGCAGACAAAACAACGAUUGAGUUAUUAGAUAAACGUGAUUCAUUUAAAUAUUGCCAAACUUUGCACAAUAAUGGAGAAUGCAAAUUCAAAAAAGAAAUAUAUUGCCAAUUUGCAUUCUGCAUUGCAGACAGUUUUGCAUACUAUUUAUUAAAAUGAAUUGGAAAAGGCCUACUCAUAUGCUUCCAUAAAAGUGUUGCAAAUCUUUAAGACUGUAAAUGUUCAUAGAAAUUGCACUUUCUUUUUGACUUUCAUCACACUUUAAAGGUGCCGUACUGCCGUUUGUAACAUUGACAUCUAUUGGUUGAACUAGGUUUUGCAAACCAAAUUCAAUCUGCUCCUCCAGUGCAACUGAUGGUGGAAGUAUCGAGUUUCACCCUGUAAACUUAUUAGCUGAAGUAUACAUUUGCAGUACUUGUAUUGUUUGCAAAUUAUGAACCAACUCAUGAGUAAUCUGUAUCACAUUUCGGAGACUGAUACAGUCGGUCACUGACCUAAAUUGAGGCUGCCCAGUUUUAACUAUAAUCAAGUGGACUGUUAUUCAUUGUGAGGUGUAAGCAUACCAUUGAUCUUACAGAUUUUGGAGUGGAUACUGUAGUAGCUUAGGAUGUGUAGUGUUCAAUCUCUAACUUCUUUCAUUUGGCAACUUCCCAGAUUGAAAUUAAAUAUGCUGUGUUUUCAACCAAGCCAACUCAGGGUACUGAAAUCCAGUUGAUUGCAGUGGGAGUGUCAUUAUUUUCAGAUAAGCAUGUACUGUAUGUUAA